AUGUUACUGGCGAAGCAACUCUCCCGUCCUAUCCUCGUCUUCUGCGACUCCACCGCGCCCAAGCAGUUGCGCGAAUCUUGCAAUGUUCUCGCGCUUUUCGUCAAGUCGGAUCUCCUCUGCUCCGUACUCCCCGCUGUAUUACUAACCGCAGGCAUCUCUGGAUGUUCUUCUGUGCUGAAGCUUCUGAACGGCUUGAUCUGGGUCACUUUGCACGUUUUAGUGUGUGUAAUCAUCGGCGUCGAGGAAGACCGCCUCGUCAAGCCGGAUCGACCGAUUGCCUCUGGACGCAUCACCCUCGAUAAUGCCAUCCACCUGCACCGCGGCAUCGUUGUCGUGUUGCUGUUCUUUAGCGCACGACGUCAUACUCUACCCUUGAGCACUGUCUACGUCUUGGGCACGACCGUUUACAACGACGGCCAUCUCUCGCGCUUUUGGGCCUUGAAGUCGAUUAUGACCGGUUUCGGUAUCAUGAUGUGCAGCUGGGGUGCCGCUGUUUGCUUUGCCUGUGAAAUUGGCCAUCCAUCCACCAUGCUUAUGCCGCAUAGAUUCAUGCCCAAGAUUUCCGUGACCGAGUCGGGGAUCUCAAAAUUGGACGCAGAACACUCCCUAUCAUAUUACCGUCCAGAAUCGCCAGAUGGACCCUGGGUGCUCUGA